AUGUUUGACCCUCACUGGCAGGAACUUCCGCGGAAACGCCAGAGAGAAGAUGAGGAGCAAUACAACAGUAUCCAAGCUAAUAUGGGGGACGGUAUGAAUGGAACUUUAGGCUUUACCGAGCACCGUAAUAAACGUCUACAGUCUCUUCCUCUGCGCACCUCUCCAACACAGAAACGAUGGUCAGGACCGCCCGGCUUUCCGGCGGCCGCAGCAACCGCAGCAACAAUUCCCCCUUCCACUAUCACGCCGACCGAUUCCGAUUCAGAAGAUAUGCAACAUCGACAACAAUCAAAUCCACCCAUGGACAUCGAUAGGGACAUGGACAUGAUGGAUUCCUCGUCCGAACCUUUCCAACCUAGUCCGUCUCAAACGGACUCCCUCAACGCCAGUAUUACCGGACGAUUACCUACCCCUAUACACUGUACUUUUGCAGCGCAAGUGCGAGGACAGAGUUGGGGCCCGAUGAACCAGACAGUGCAUGUAACAAACCGAUCGAGCAAUGCUAUGGUAUCGGAUAAUGAAUGUGAUUUUGAGCACACUCAGCCGUUCCCUACAAAACAUGACGAAUCUUCGGUACCAAGAUCUCUAGGUGGUGCUAUUGAAUGGUCCAUGGUCCAAAACCGGCGUCUCCCGUCUCCUAUUAGUGAGAGUGGCGGCGAAGAUACACCAGCAAGCCCAGGUAUGGUGCUGGACUCUACAACGUCUCAGCCCCAGAGACCAUACUUACCUCAUAUGCCUCAUUCAACAAACCCUCACGCCAUGGCUCUCCACCCCAAUAUCCAGACCAUCCCUCAAGUCGUCGACAACGAUUCCGGUAUGAUGGAUACGGAUCCCGCAUCGUCUCCCUCCUCGGCGCCAGCUACACCGUCACCAAGAGGCAAGUUUGGCCAUUCACGUAGCAAACAUACCGUUAAUAACUGGACACUCCAACCCGGCAUGAAGAAGUCAUUCAGUAUAGGCUACCGAGCUGACUGCGAGAAGUGCCGCAUGAAGAUUCCGGGUCACUUUAAUCACAUCAUUAUCUCCUAG